AUGUUGCGCGCCCUCUGGGCGACCCUGGCGCCGCCGCAGCCGAGGCGCCGCGGCGGAUGGAGGCAGCAACUGGUGGCCGCCGAAGCGGACGCUGCCGCGGCGGACGAGGACCGCGGCAUCUCCCGUCUUUUCGGGAACCACCUGCUCUCUUGGUGCGAAGGCGGGAUGUCUGCCGCAAGGCUCCAGCACCUCGCGGCGAGCGGCGCCGCCGACGGGCUCGAGCACCCCAUGCUUGCCCGCAUGGCGCAGCUGCGCGAAGGCCAGAACGCGCAGGCUUCACUGAUUGAGCUGCUGGGUACCACUGGCGUGCCGCGGAUUCUAUCCGCGUUUCCUGGGGAGUUCGUCUCCCACGGUGUGCUCCCGAGCUCAUGGUUCUCGCUGCUGCGCGCCUACCCGCACGAGUUCCGCUUGCGCCUCGGCGCGGAGAAGACCAAGCUGCGCGGCUUCUGGCGGGACUUCUUGAGCAGGCCCGCAAAUGCUGACCUCAGGGCCAACCACCCCAUCAUUGGUGGCAUGGGCAUCGACGAGCUCGAGACGGUGAUCCCCCUCACGAUGCAUGCUGACGCGGGGCCCUACUCGAAGACGUCUGCGUGCUAUGUCGUCAGCUUCGGGUCCCUCGUCGGCGUCGGGGAGGCCAAGCUGACCAAGUUCAUGUGCGCCUCCUACGUGCAGCGGUCUGGCCAGAUGGAUGACUCCCUCUGGUGGCACCGUGUGCUCGAGGACAUGGCCGCGCUGGGCUCGGGCCAUGUCGGGGGCAGAGCGGUUGCGCGCGACUCCGACGGCACUCUCUGGAGAGGCGCGCUGGUAUUCGUCAAGUGCGAUGAGGACGUGCGCGCAAAUGAUUUUGGCCUGACGCACUUCUCAGGGGGCAAUGAGGUGUGCCCCGACUGCCUCGCCAACCGCACGACGCGGCCUUUCACUGAUAUGACGGAGGGCGCCGCCUGGCGGCGAGGCGAGGGGAUGAGCUUCGACGUGUACAAGGCCAGGGCGCGGGAGCCCCACCACCCGCUGGUGGCGAACGCGCAUUUCUGCCACCGCUUCUUCUUCCCCAUUGACAUCAUGCACCUCCUCGAGUGCAAGGGCGUGACGCUCCUUGUCUUUGGUUCCGCGAUGAUGUGGCUGCUGGCCGACGCCCGAGUCGGGGCGAACAAGGAGGAGCGCCUCGAAGCCAUCAACGCCCGACGGGAGCAGUUCUACGACGCCAGGUGCGCGGCUCCGUUCUUCAGGGACGUCGUCUUCCACUACUGCGGGUCCAUGCAUGAUCGCGACCAGCAGCUGCGAAGACUAACCGCCGCGCUGGACGACCUCUACACGCUAUUGUACGACGCGCCGAUGUUCCCGCCCGAUGCGACGGUGGUUCGCGUGCGACAGCUGUGCCUGGCGUUUGGCAGCGCAUGCCAGCGCCUGCGCGAGCUGUCGCGCCGCGCUGGGGUCUUCGCCUUCGCGGUCACCCCGAAGGUGCACGAGGUCCAGCACAUCCCUCUGCUGACAUCGUGCAUCAACCCCGUGAGGGUCCAGGUGUACAGCGAGGAGUCCAUGAUGGGCUCGGUGACUGGCACGUGGAGGGGCUCGAAGAAUGGGCGGUGCAGGCAGACCGUGCAGAAGGUCGUCCUCAUCAAGCAGGUCACGGGCUUGCUGCUGCGCUUCGAACUGGACACUUGA